GGACGAGCCAGUGGCGGACCCAGCCCUUAUUUUAAGUGGGGUCAAUUUGCUAUUAAGUAAAAAAAUAAAUGUUAAAAAGAGGUCAAGAUGGUAUCGAACCUGGGUUUUUGUGGGUUCAACAGGUGGACGUUACCACUGCACUACUGAUUUUAUAUGAAAUUUAAAUACAAAUCAGAAUUUUUAUAAAAUUUUUGUGGUGUCACUUGACACCAUUACAUCCUUAGUGGGUUCGCCUCUGGGACGAGCCAAGGUCCUAGACAUCGACCUCCAGAAGCAGUUGCGUCCGUUCAUGGAACACAUGGUUCCCCUCCCUGGAAUCUACGAUCCAGAUUUCAUCGCAGCUAACCAGGGGUCACGAGCCAACUACUUGAUCAAAGGAACCAAGAAACAACAGCUCGAUCAAGUCAUCAAGGACAUCAGGGAUUUCAAAGAGAAUAACAAAGUGGAUAGGGUGGUGGUGCUGUGGACGGCCAACACAGAAAGAUACAGCAAUGUGGUGGCUGGUCUUAACGACACGACGGAGAAUCUAAUGUCAUCUUUGGACAAGAAUGAGUCUGAGAUUUCUCCUUCUACACUUUACGCCAUUGCAUGCGUUCUUGAGAACGUUCCUUUCAUCAAUGGAAGCCCACAAAACACUUUUGUCCCUGGGCUUAUUGAAUUGGCAAUCAAAAGAAAUAGCUUGAUCGGUGGUGAUGACUUCAAGAGUGGUCAGACAAAGAUGAAAUCUGUCCUCGUCGAUUUCCUUGUCGGCGCUGGUAUCAAACCAACGUCGAUAGUGAGUUAUAAUCACCUUGGGAACAACGACGGCAUGAAUUUGUCAGCACCUCAAACAUUCCGGUCAAAGGAGAUAUCAAAGAGCAAUGUCGUCGACGAUAUGGUUGCUAGCAACGGUAUUAUGUUCGAGUCCGGUGAACAUCCUGACCAUGUUGUGGUCAUUAAGUAUGUGCCGUACGUAGGAGACAGCAAGAGAGCAAUGGACGAGUACACAUCAGAGAUAUUCAUGGGAGGGAAGAACACAAUUGUGAUGCACAACACUUGUGAAGACUCACUCUUGGCUGCUCCCAUCAUUUUGGACCUUGUUCUCCUCGCAGAACUCACCACUAGGAUCCAGUUCAAGGCCGAAAAUGAGGGAAAGUUCCAUUCUUUCCAUCCGGUGGCUACCAUCCUAAGUUACCUCUCGAAGUCACCAUUGGUCCCACCCGGCACACCAGUUGUGAACGCUUUGUCUAAACAGCGUGCAAUGCUUGAGAACAUACUCAGAGCCUGUGUCGGACUUGCUCCAGAGAACAACAUGAUUCUCGAGUACAAGUGAGGAGGAGAUCAACAAGCAAUUAAAAUUCGCUUCGUCAACGAACUUGUACUGUUCCGAGCCCAAUUUGGUCUGGGUUAAAGUAAUAUACUACUUUUUUUUUAAAAAUGCUUCGUUUAACUUUGCAUUGCUUUGCUUUUUUAUGUUUUGAUGAAUAAUUACAUUUUUUACAAUGUAAGUGUUGAUUUCUUAUUUACAAAUAUCA